ACAGAUCGAGGCAUGAAAUCGUCGCCAAUUCUUCUUUGGGCAUUUGCCCUUUUUCUACUCUCAGCUCUCAGCUCACCUGUGGCAGCCGGUCGCAUCUCGUUGCGUCCUCUGUCGCCAAGUGAACUGCGCAGCGCUUUGCGCGAUGUUACCAGCCAAGGAGUCGAAAGAUCUCCGGAUGGUCGCUCGGUUUCGUCAGCUUUGGCUGCUCUGAAAGGAUUCGCUUUGGGUGUCACCAAUGGCAUUGGCGGCGCUUUGCUCUACGAUGUGGCCACCUCGAACGAGACGAUAGCUUACCUGAGCAAUCUCUUCGAUCAACUUAACACUACCUUGAGUAGCUACUCCAGCUCUGGGAGCAGCAGCAGCAGCAACGAUGAAGGAACUGUGCAGGAAGUUUGCUUCUCCAGUCGCAGUCUAAAUAGCGAAGCGAUACAAGCACGUUAUAAUAAUGACGAGGAUGAGGAGGAGGAGUUGGAUGAUGAUCAAGAGUUCUAUGACGAUGAGCAGGAAGAGGAGCCAGAAGAACAGCUGAGACAAGUUGACUAUAGUGACAAUUCCAUUGGUAAUGCACUCACCUGCAUUGUGGUCAACACGGGACAAGCCAUUUUGCGGCAUCGUCGUAGCCUUGGUAAUGAGCAGGUAACAGGUCCAGAGGGAGAAGUGAUAUUCAUUAGAAAAGCAGCGAAAUAAAAGUUACUAGUUUGU